GAGAGAAAGAGACAAGGCGACAUCAAUUUACACAAUUUAUUCUUCCCUGUAACAAAGAAGAUACAAAUUUGAAGACAAAAAUGUGAUUUCUAUUUGUUCCUCCCAGAUGAGUGGAUAUCUCUCUGUUAUCGUGCUCCCUAAUGCCUCCUUUGCAACAACAAUGAAAUCGACAUAACCUUUACUUCAGCUGGUAUCGCAUAUUUUGAAGUGAAGCCAAGCUCCUUAGUCUUACUGGCUGACCUGUGGAUGGAGAUCAUGAGGAACUCUCAGUCUCUACACCUGUCGCUUGUUCCCUUUUUGUUUUCUUUACUUUCACUCCUCCUCUGCCCUGCAAGUGCCAGUUCAGGGUCUGACUAUGACUACGGAGCCCACCCACGCUUUGUUUGCACCCCUAUUCCUGUGGAUGCAGACCCUGCCUGCUUCCCUGCAACAGGUCCACGCAUAGGAGCAACAGGGCCCAACGGACCAGGCCAUCAAAGUGCACCUCCUGCUGGUUGGUGGGGGGCGAGCGAUGAAGCCAAAGCCACCAUCCUCCACCUCAGGGAGAGCCUUGUCCAGCAGAAAGAGACCAUCCUGGACCUGAGGGAGACCAUUAGAGAGCUGACGGCCAAGCUCACGCUGUGCGAGGGCCUUGGGCGGGGGGGGACUCCUCACGACGAGCACCACGGCACAGCCUCGCACUCCCAUCACGCAGGGGUGGACAGCCACCACACAUACUCUGACAACGGACACUAUAGCAACCACCAUGGAAACAGCAACCUCAUGCCGGACUCGCCGCACUACCCCUCUGUGGGGGGGCAUCUAUCUGAUGGAGGGCACAGCAGCAACAACCAGGGGAAAGAUAAACAUGUGUCACCAGGGGACAUCACAUCAUCACCAGAGCAGAUGGAGAGGAUGCUGCAGGCGCUGAAGGAGAGGCUGGACAACCUGCAGAAGAGGAACACAUCCAUCGCCUACUCCAGCUCUUUGAAGGAGCUGCUUCAGAGGAAGAUCAGCGCUCUGGAGGAGCAGCUGCACCAUCGCACCGCCGCCCUCAGCGGCCAGGACCACCACGACAAUGACAGCAGCCACAGAGACGACGGAGACCAUCAUGAUAAUGAUGGUCACCACAACAACGGACAACUAAAUGACCACAAAAACAACCACAACGAUGGCGGUCACAGCGUCAGUGAGAACCACGGCAACCAUCACGAUGACAGCCACAGUGAUGACCAUCAUGAUGCAGACGCAGACCAUGACAACCACGAUGACGGCCACCACGAUGGUGAUGAUGAUGAUAAUGACCACCACAGCAAUGAAGCAGACAGUCACACUUACCUUCCACACACAGGAUACAGAGCACCAGGACCACGGGAUGGUUUCCACUCAAACAAACUGGAAACGAUGCUCAGCCAGCUGCACCUUGCAGGUUCCAGCAGGAAGAAAUCCCAGAGUCCUGACGCCUUCCAGAUCAGCUUCCCCAUGAGAACCAACUACAUGCACGGGCGGGUGAAGAGGACUCUGCUGCAGGAAAUCUUCGCUCUGACUUUGUGUCUUUGGAUCAAGGCGGGAAUGGGGCCUGGCCUGGGGACACCGUUUUCUUACUCAGCACCCGGACAGGCCAAUGAACUUGUGCUCAUCGAGUGGGGGAACAACCCUAUGGAGCUGCUGAUCGAUGACAAGGCUGUGACGCUCCCCCUGUCGCUGGGUGAUGGGAAGUGGCACCACGUCUGUGUGACUUGGUCGACACGGGACGGACAGUGGGAAGCCUACCAGGACGGAGUGCAGCGGGGGUCCGGGAUAAAUCUUUCCCCCUGGCACCCUAUCAAACCUGGAGGGGUCUUCAUCCUGGGACAGGAACAGGACACACUGGGAGGCCGUUUUGAUGCCACUCAGUCAUUUGUGGGUGAGAUGUCAGAGCUGCACAUGUGGUCACAUGUCCUGUCAGCUAGUGACAUCUACAGCCUGGCCUCUUGCGGCAGCCACCUCAGGGGAGAUGUCAUUGCUUGGUCCGAGACAGAGGUGGAGCUUCGUGGAGGUGUCUCGAAAUACCCCUUUGACCCCUGUCACUGAAAGGCUGCACGCCAAUGGAAAACCUGGAGAUAACAUACUGAGAACAUUAUCACAUAUCAAAGAUGCAGGAAUAACACAAAAGUCCCUUUGACUUUCAGUUAAUGUUCAGGAUGAUCAGUCAGUGGCACCAACUGAGCAUAAAUGCCUUUCUUUAAACUCAGUCAGUGACUCUCUUAAAAAAGAAAAAUAACAAAAAGUCUAAUCUGUGUUUACAGAUACUAUGUAGGGUACUUAGUGGUCUUGGGCCUUAGGUUUUGGCCUCUACUGUAAUCAUGAGAUAGUGUUUUAUUUUAAACAGACAGACAAGUGCUGUAU